AAAGACAGCCUGAUCCUUCUUUGAAAGGCUCUAGUGCAGGGAAUCCUUGGAAACUGACACACAUCGCUUGUUGCUGAAAGGUUUUGUUAAAAAGAGGGUAUGGGUAAUAACAUUGGAGUAUCUGGGAAUGAAGAUAAGCAGCCUUCUAUAAGCAGUGGCUUCAUAACACAAAGCCUCAUGAAUCUAUGUUGUUUCAUGUGACACAUCUAUAUCAGUUUGAUAGGAAUAAGUGUAUUAUUAUCUUGGCGUGCUAAUGGAUCUUUAAGGCUUAAAUAUGUCCAUAAACUGCAUAAGUUUGAACCUUGUCCAAAGGAUUUGGACUCCCUAUUAUCCGAUCUGCUCUGUCUGCCUUUGAAAUUGUAUAUCUUGAGCUAUCUUAGGAUGUUAACCAUUUGUACUCUGUAUGAAGACGCAUUCACUCUGGCGUAGCUGGAAAAGGGCACAUGAAGCCUCACAUCACCAACAGCAGGCAGCACAGAACAGUUUGUUGCCUCUCCUGAGCUCUGCUGUUGAGCCACCUGAUCAGAAGCCGAUUCUGCCCUUACCAAUAACUCAGAAACCUCAACCUGCACCAGAAACAUUAAAGGAUGCUAUUGUUGGGAUUAAAAAGGAAAAACCUAAAACCUCCUUUGUGUGCACUUACUGCAGCAAAGCUUUCAGGGACAGCUACCAUUUGAGGCGCCAUGAGUCCUGCCACACAGGGAUAAAGUUAGUGUCACGGCCAAAGAAAACUCCCACCACAAUGGUGCCCCUUAUCUCGACCAUCGCUGGUGACAACAGCCGAACUUCAUUGGUUUCGACUAUUGCGGGCAUUUUGUCAACAGUCACUACGUCUUCCUCUGCCACCAACCCCAGCAGUAGUGCCGGUGCAACCGCCAUGGCAGUGACUCAGACAGUGAAGAAGCCCAGCAAACCUGUCAAGAAGAACCAUGCUUGUGAGAUGUGCGGAAAAGCCUUCAGGGAUGUGUACCACCUCAACCGGCACAAGCUGUCCCACUCGGAUGAGAAACCCUUUGAAUGUCCCAUUUGCAAUCAGCGCUUCAAGAGGAAGGAUCGCAUGACCUAUCACGUGAGGUCUCAUGAAGGUGGCAUCACCAAACCGUACACCUGUGGUGUUUGUGGAAAAGGCUUCUCGAGGUACCAUGUAGAAAAUCCCAGGCGAGCUCAAGUAUUGGCUUUUCAUAAUCAAGAAGGGUUAAGCUAUCAUAGCGAGGGGCUAGGAGAGACAGACAUCUUAGAAGAUUGGCCUGAUCACUUAAGCUGUCAUGUCAAACACGUUCACUCAACAGAGAGACCCUUCAAAUGCCAAACAUGCACUGCUGCCUUUGCCACCAAAGACAGACUGCGGACACACAUGGUGCGCCAUGAAGGAAAGGUAUCGUGUAAUAUCUGUGGUAAACUUCUGAGUGCAGCGUAUAUCACCAGCCACUUAAAGACACACGGGCAGAGCCAAAGUAUCAACUGUAAUACCUGUAAACAAGGCAUCAAUAAAACAUGCAUGAGCGAGGAGACCAGCAACCAGAAGCAGCAGCAGCAACAACAGCAGCAGCAGCAACAGCAGCAGCAGCAACAACAGCAGCAGCAGCAGCAACAACAGCACGUAUCAAGCUGGCCUGGAAAGCAGGUAGAGACACUGAGAUUAUGGGAAGAAGCUGUCAAAGCAAGGAAGAAAGAAUGUCAGUUCACCUUUGAGAAGGCUAUAGAGUACGUACCAUUCGAAGCUGCUAACUUGUGCCAAACCUCCACUGCUGCUACUACGCCUGUGACUCUUACUACUCCAUUCAGUAUAACGUCCUCUGUGGCUUCUGGGACUAUCACAAACCCAGUCACAGUGGCAGCUGCAAUGAGCAUGAGAAGUCCAGUAAAUGUAUCAAGUGCAGUUAAUAUAUCCAGUCCGAUGAAUCUAGGGCAUCCUGUAACUAUAACAAGUCCAUUAUCCAUGACAUCGCCAUUAACGCUCACAACACCAGUCAAUUUACCUACCCCAGUAACCGCUCCGGUGAAUAUAGCGCAUCCAGUCACUAUAACAUCUCCUAUGAACCUCCCAACACCAAUGACGUUAGCUGGUCCAUUAAAUAUAGCAAUGAGACCAGUAGAGAGCAUGCCUUUCCUGCCCCAAGCCUUGCCCACGUCUCCUCCCUGGUAAAGAAUUUCUAAACAGUAUUAAAGAGGAUUAAAACUGAAUCCUUACCAGCAGUUUUUUUAGUUGUUAAUAAUAAUAAUAAUAAUGAAUAAUAAUAAUGAUGUAAUAAUAAAGUCAAGCUGAGUAACUGGGGCAGUAUGCACCAGUCAGAGACCAUAAUAGCAUCUUUUCCUAUUGAUUUGGCUCAUAUUGUUUGAAUCUGAGUUUGUAACUGAUCACUGGAGCACUUCAUUAAAAGCCAAGUUUUACCUUUAGCUGACAGUGAUGCUGAACCUAGGACAGAUGGUUACUUGCCAGUUACAAAGCAGUCUUUAAGAAUCAGCAUUACUGUUUUACCCCAGAAAUGAUAACCUAGAAAAUAAUUUUAAUCUAAACACUAGCAAAGAACCCCCUUCAUGUCCUUGACAGGGUGGAUAGCUAAAUUUAACUUGCCAGUUCUAAAUUCACUGUUUCAGAGCUAGUGUAGUAUUUUUGUCUGUGUUAAUGUUUUGGUUUUUUUUUUAAUGAGUAAAUGCAUUAUAAUGUUGUCAUUUUUUUAAAAAAAAUGCAUUUUGGAGAAAAUAUGCAUUUUACCUUUGGGAAUAUGAUAAUUUCAGGCAGCAUUCCCUAUGGGAAAGGUGAUACCAGCUCUGAUAUGCAAAGCAUAUGAUAACUUAUCAUUCUCACUUCAACAUAUAAUAGGGAUUGUGACCUGAUAUUUGGAGAUGUAAAUAUUACCCAACAUAUUACCCUAAGGGAAUAUAGCAUUGUAGUCAACAUUUAAAAAAAAAAUAAAAAUAAAACUUAAUGUUUGGUGAGAAACAGCCAUGGCUGACAGAAGAGGAGUUGAAAUGUAUGUAAACAUGGUCUCUGAAAAGUCAGAACCCUAUGGGACUCUUAUUUAGGAGCAAAAGGAGUGCUUUGAACUUAUGAAAUAUUGCUUUAAGCUGGAAGAUUCUGGAGGCGCUGGGGUAUGAUGUAUAUGCCCUCUCUCUCCCAAUCAGAACCUGCUGAUGAUGCAGCAGGGGACAGAUGUGUUAGUUGUUCACUAGAAGUUUUGUCUUAUAUUAAAUUGUAUACAGUUUUUAUUCUAACCACUAACUAGGUAGGAUGCCCCUUCAGGACAAGCCGAGAGCGUCUUUUAAUUUCCCCCCUAUUUCUUAAUCAAGUGUUGUGCAAAUCUCUUCAACUUUGUAAAUAUUUGCAAACAUCAUCAUUUUUACGUUACUCUUCUAUUGUGUUAACACAUUUCUAUUAAUUUGUGUGGGUUUUGGGGGCGGCAGUCUGAGCUGUCCAGCCCAGAACUGCACCACAAAUGAUCACACAUGUUUAAACUACAUGUGCUUUUUAUUUCUUAACCUGUUUAUCUGUACAUAAAGUAGAAAGCAGAGUCUAGGGAAACAGAUAUACUUUUUAGACUAUCAUGUCACAUAUUCACAUUUUUAAAACUUUGUUUCAAAAGAACCCCCUGAAACCAAGACUUUACAUGGGGGAGGAGGGGGGGAAAGAGAAAAAACCGCAACUAAAGUUGCAAUGUUUUUCUCUCAAUGAAGUUGAAAGCAAUGGAGAUUAGUGUGCGUGCAUUUUACAGAAUGCUAGCAGGACUGACUAGUCAAAAUGGACUGCUUCCGUUUCUACCCCACCGUGUCAGUACAAGCAGCAAAUACCAGACUUCUAGGUCAGGUAACAGGUAUCUGUAUCAUUAUGUGAAACAGUUCUAGGGGCUUGGACUACAUAGUAAAACAAAAAACAAAAAAUAGAACUUUAGUGUAAAAUAAUUUUAUAAAUGAUCUUUUGUACUUUAGGACAUCAAAUUGUACAACUUUUGUAUAUAUAAAAGCUUAGGAACUUUCUGUUUAGCAGAAAGGAAACACAUUCCUACACUUUUAAUGUAUAUGUUUGUUAUAAUGUCCAUGUAAACAUAUGCCCUAUGUUUGUGCCUUUUAAUUAGUUUGUCUCAAUAAACAAAAAUGUAGAGAA